CAUCUGACUUCCUUCUUCUACCCCGGAAACAGGAAACUCCUGGCUAAAACAGGCAAAAUAAUGGAUGUUUAGCUGCGGGCUGUUUUUGCAUGGAACAAACGGAAGAUUUCACAUAUCGCAUUUAAACAUUCAAAUACUGCUCGCAAAGCCACUCUUAAGCAGCAAAGAUGACGGCCAUCAAGCACGCACUGCAGAGAGACAUCUUCACCCCGAACGACGAGCGGCUGCUCAGCAUCGUUAACGUCUGCAAGGCUGGGAAGAAGAAAAAGAACUGCUUCCUGUGUGCUACAGUGACCACUGAACGUCCGGUCCAGGUGAAGGUGGUCAAGGUGAAGAAGUCUGAUAAGGGAGAUUUCUACAAGCGGCAGCUGGCCUGGGAGCUCCGGGACCUGACUGAGGUGGAUGCCAAGGAUGCCAACAAGGAGAACCCGGAGUUCGACCUGCACUUUGAGAAGGUGUACAGGUGGGUGGCCAGCAGCACGGCGGAGAAGAACGCCUUCAUCUCCUGCAUCUGGAAGCUCAACCAGAGAUACCUGAGGAAGAAGCUGGAGUUCGUCAAUGUCAGCCCCCAGCUGCUGGAAGAGCUUCCUAAAGCUGAAGAGUCGGUUCCCAGCGGGGAGAGUCAGAGUGUGGCGGGAGGUGACGAGGACGCACUGGAGGAGUACCAGGAGCUGAGUACGCGGGAGGAGCAGGACAUUGAGGGCAUGAUGGAGGUGUGCGAGUACGCUGUCUCCAACGCAGAGGCCUUCGCUGAGAAGCUGUCUCGAGAGCUGCAGGUCCUGGACGGGGCGAAUAUCCAGUCGAUCAUGGCGUCAGAGAAGCAGGUGAACACGCUGAUGCAGCUGCUGGACGAGGCGCUGGCCGAGGUGGACACCAUCGAGGGGAAGCUGAGCAGCUAUGAGGAGAUGCUGCAGAGCGUGAAGGAGCAGAUGGACCACAUUUCCCAGAGUAACCACCUCCUGCAGCUCAGCAGCACCAACAACCUACGCCUGCUGGACGACAUCACCUUCCUAGUGAACUACAUGGACCUGUCUAAGGGGCACAUCAGAGCUCUGCAGGAGGGAGACCUGGCCUCCCCCAAGGGCAUCGAGGCCUGCAUCAACGCCUCUGAAGCCCUGCUGCAGUGCAUGAACGUAGCACUCAGACCAGGGCAUGAUAAGCUCCUUGCAGUGAAGCAGCAGCAGCAGCUCUUCUGUGAGCUGAGAGACGGUUUCUCCCGCAGACUCACCAACCACCUCAACAACGUCUUCGUUCACCAGGGCUAUGAUCAGAGCUCCAGUCUGACGCAGCACACUGCUGAGCUGACCCUGCCCAAACACAGCGCCCUGCAUCGGGACCUGCUGCGCUACGCUAAGCUCAUGGAGUGGCUGAAGAACACCCAGCGGGAGAAAUACGAAGGGCUGACCGGGACCUAUGUUGAUUAUAUGACCAGACUAUACGAGCGGGAAAUUAAAGAUUUCUUUGAGGUGGCGAAAAUGAAAAUGGCGGGUACAAGCAAGGAGGGGAAGAAGUUUGCUACGCUGCCCAGGAAAGAGAGUGCUCUCAAACAGGAAACCGAGAGCCUGCACGGGAGCUCUGGGAAGCUGACAGGCUCCACCUCCAGCCUGAACAAGCUGGCGGUGCAGAGCUCCAGCAGCCGCCGCUCACAGUCCUCCUCUCUACUCGACAUGGGCAAUAUGUCCGCCUCCGACCUGGACGUGGCCGACAGGACUAAGUUCGACAAGAUAUUUGAACAGGUCCUCAGUGAGUUGGAGCCCUUGUGUUUGGCGGAGCAGGACUUCAUUAGCAAGUUUUUCAAGCUGCAGCAACAUCCCGGCCUUGGAGGAUCACAAGGGAAUGGGAGUGAUGUUGAUGGGACGUUGCAGACCAGAGCGCCCCCUCAUGGAGAACACAGACAUUCCAUGUCUGAGAAAGACACUGUUCGGUGGAUGAUGAACAGUAUAUUCCACUGCAUUGAGAUAGAGCUGAACACUCUGAUUGCGCUGGGUGAUAAGAUGGACAGCUUCCACUCGCUCUACAUGCUGGUGAAAAUGAGCCACCAUGUCUGGACUGCGGAGAACGUUGACCCCGCCUCCUUCCUCAGCACCACCCUGGGCAACGUGCUGGUCACAGUCAAGAGGAACUUCGACAAGUGCAUUUCCAGUCAGAUCCGGCAGAUGGAGGAGGUGAAGAUCUCCAAGAAGAGCAAAGUGGCCAUCCUGCCCUUCGUCACCGGCUUCGAGGAGUUCGCCGAACUCGCUGAGACCAUCUUCCGCAACGCCGAACGCCGCGGCGACCUGGACAAAGCCUACGUCAAGCUCAUCAGAGCGGUCUACAUGAACGUGGAGAAGGUGGCCAUUGAAAGCCUGAAGACUCCACGGGACGUGGUGCUGAUGGAGAACUUCCACCACAUCUUCUCCACCCUCUCACGCCUGAAGAUCUCCUGCCUGGAGGCGGAGCGGCGUGAGGCCAAGCACAAGUACACAGAGCACCUGCAGGCCUACGUCAUCACCUCCCUGGGGCAGCCUCUGGAGAAGCUCAACCAUUUCUUUGAGGGUGUGGAGGCGCGUGUGGCCCAGGGAGUGAGGGAGGAGGAGGUGAGCUACCAGCUGGCCUUUAACAAGCAGGAGCUGCGGAAGGUCAUUAAGGAGUACCCCGGCAAGGAGGUGAAGAAAGGCCUGGAUAACCUGUACAAGAAGGUGGACAAACACCUGUGUGAUGAGGAAAAUCUGCUACAGGUGGUGUGGCACUCCAUGCAGGAUGAGUUCAUCCGGCAGUACAAGCACUUUGUGGGUCUGAUUGGACGAUGCUACCCAGGAUCUGGAAUCACCAUGGACUUCACCAUACAGGACAUACUGGAGUACUUCUCCAGCAUCGCACAGUCACACUGAGCACACACCCCAUCACGUAGUCUCAAUGAACACACACACAUGCACACACACAAGUACAUGCGCACACACACGCAUGCACAAACACUCACGGCAUCGUACAGUCUCCCUGAAAACACACACACACGCACAGAGCAUCAGUCUUACUGAAAAUACACACACACACACAUUUCAGUACUCCUUGAUUAUUAAUUGCUCAGUGUCAUUUAGUCAUGAAGUACAAUGCUACUGUGCUGCCCCCUGGUGGCCAGCAGAAGAAGGGGAUUUGGCCAUUUCCCUCUAGUUAGGUUUAUUCUUUGUUUCUCCUGUGUAAUCAAUAUGUUCAGCCUCUGGAACUGUGGGUGAUUAUGAGCUUGUGAAUGUAUGUGAAAGCAAAUAUUCACAGAGAAAGAUCUCAUAGCGUGGACCAUUUCAAAGUACUUGUUUAAAUUAUAGCAUUAACAGCAUUCAUACAUAAACAAACACUCAACUACAAUUUCAAGUCCUUCCCUGGAAGAGGAGCAUUCUCAAACAAAGAAACACUAUGACUGAGUAAGGGACUUUCUCUGGCUUCCUCCUCACCACAGGGAAACAGGAAGAUUGUAAAUAAAAACCAAGCCGCAGUGCAUUCCCAGAGCAGAAUCCAGUGGCACAUUCACUGAGAGCCAAUUGGACAGGAGAUACUUUCACUGCAUUCACAUCUUCUGUCCUGUGCAGCUGUGAUGUUUAUAUCUCUGAGAAUGACAAAUGUGCAAUAAAGCUCUGCUAUGUUGCUUUGA